CUAGUGCGUGGACGGAUAUUCCUCUCUGCUCAGUCUCUCCUUCUCUCCCCACUGAUAGACACACGCGCACGCACGCAGGCACUCACCAACCCACACAAACAUAAACACAGGCUUACUCUCUCUCCCACACACACACACACACUCACUCUCUCUCCACACACUCACUUUUGCUUCCUCAAUCAGUCUCCACACUUGGCUCGCGUGUAAAGGGACGAGAGGGGUAUCUCCAUGCCCUCUCUCCUCCGGCCGCGGCCACCGCUGACUUCCUGCACCCAUGCUGCCCUGGAGAAGGAGCAAGUUUGUCCUGGUCAAGGACGAGGAGAAGACCAGCAGCAGCAGCAGUGUUGGCGGCAAUGGCAACAGCAGUGGCAAGAAGCCCAAGAGCCUUGGCGCCGGGCUGACCUACCACUCGCUCCUCUCCUCGCUGCUGCACUCCUGCCCUGACCUGCGGCCCGACUGCCCCCUGCACUGGCUGGGCAGCGUCUUCCAGAGCAAGCGGCAGAAGGUGGAGCUGAACCGUGAGGAGCCGGCGUACAACGUGCGCUACCUGGGCAGCGCCAUCACCAUCCUGGCCAAGGGCGAGGGCUGCGUCCAGGAGGCGGUGGCCAAGAUCUGGCAGCACAGCGGCUAUGGCGACCAGAGCCUGAAGCUGAAGCUGAGCGUGGGCUCGCACGGCAUCCGCAUGGGCGCCGACGCCAGCGGGCGCAGCAAGAAGCCCUCGCACCUCUUCUCGCUCAACCGCAUCACCUACUGGGCGGCCGAGGCGCACCGGCCCAAGAUCUUCGCCUGGAUCUACCGGCACCAGGUGAAGAACAAGGCGGUGGUGCUGCGCUGCCACGCCGUGCUGCUGGCCAAGCGGGAGAAGGGCCACGCGCUGGCCCUCAGCCUGCUCCACCACGCCACCUCCGCCUUCAGCGAGUUCAAGCGGCUCAAGAGGCAGAGCGACUUCCGGCACUGCCGGCAGGAGUUGCUCGGCGAGGGCAUGGUGCCGCUGGCGCCCCGCCGCCGGAUCCUCAACGGGCAGUGCCACUACCAGCCGCCCGCCGACAAGCCCAGCAGCGCCACGCGCCUGUGCUCCAUCACGGAGGAGGAGGAGGAGGAAGAGGAGGAGGAGGAUGGGGGGGAGAAGAAGAAGGAGGAGGAGGAGUUGGCGACAAGGAAAGGGGAGAAACAUCUAGAAGAAAAGGACAAGGUGAGGAGGAGACAGGUGGUGGUGAUGGACAGGCGGCCGGUGCGGAUGUAUGAGAAGGACGUGCUGGGCAGGAUCGUCAGCAGGCUGGGCGAGUGCACCAUCAGCUGUACUGAGGACGGUCAGAUCACCAUCAGCACUCUCCUGUGACAGCUAGACACUCGGGCACCCGGUUGAGGGCGACGAUGGAGGACGAGGGGGCGAUGAGACCAGCAAGCAAACUGGGUGACCUCUGUCUCUCUCUCUUUGUCUCUCUCUCUCUCUCUCUCGCUCUCUCUCUCUCUCUCUCUCUCUCUCUCUCUCUCUCUCUCUCUCUCUGUAUCCUUCGCUCAGCACCUACACAGGCAGUCCUGCCGCUGCCGUGGCGGCGAAAAAAAACAAAACAAACAAAAACAGAAAUCUUCCCACAUUCCCUGCCUGCUCCCUGGAUCUGUACACCACACCUUCCUUCCCUGUUGCUCCACUACUUCACUGUGCGGGGAUAACAGACACUGAGGAAUAAGAACUGUACAGGAGCUCAGUGAGUCAAAGUGUCUUGGCUUGUUUUAAAAUGCCUGUCACCGAGCUGUCUCAAGGGAAAGGCUUCCAAAACACAAAAGAGCUGGACAUGGACAUGCCUACAGUAUAGCACAAUGUUUAAGAGGAUGUACAAGAGAGAGAGAGGGAGAGGGGGUCAGGUGUACUGUACACUGGAGAGACAGGAGAUUUCCUGUUCUCCUGAACCAAGCGAUCACUGCACAUUUACCUGGAAAGACGAGGAAAAAGAGGACAGAUUUAUUCCACUGUGGUAUUUGUAUUUUUAUGGUUGAAUGAGUGAGUAUUUAAGAUAAGCUCUAACUUUUUGAUAAAUUGGCACCCUUUUUUGAUGAGGAGAAUUUGUACGAAAAUAACGGAAUGAUAAACUGUUUAUUUUCUGACCUGUGUCACAAGCCCUCUGUAAUUUUCCACUGAAGAUGACCUUUUCUGUGCACACUAUGGUAUUUUAAGAGGCGUUUAAUGUGCUUUUACAAUUACGGUGAAAUGUACUAAUGAAUUGGACCUUAAUUUAGGAAAUGAGCCAUUGAAUUGACAUAUUCAUUGCCAUCGUUUUUUAAGAGGGGAGCUGACCUCCCAAGCACGACAGCUGAAGACAUCGCCACUGACAUUUAUGUGAAGUUUAAUAUCAUGAAUUUAUUAUGUCCUUGGGUACAUCCAACACCUUUGUACACCACAGUACAGGGGUGUACAUUUUUUUUACAUGAUCAGAAAAGUCGAGGUGACGCUUUGCAUUAUUUUACACUGAACAAGGGCGAAAAGUAAUGAAGUAUUCAAAAUGUAUAUGUAUAUGUACAGUGCAUAUAUAAAUACAUUCAUACAAACAUUUACAUGCACUUUCAUACAAACAAACAAACAGACAAACAAACAAACAAACAGCCUAUACAUGCAUAGUACAUACAUGCACACAUACAUGCAAACAUACAUACAUGUGCAAUAUUUUCAGAUAUAUUUAUCUAAGGUGUUAUAUUUGAAAAUGUUUUGUCAUGAAUUGUCAUGAAAAUAUGUGUUUCCAGUCUCUGUCACCCCUAUCGACAGGGACAUUGUCAUGAACAAUAAAUCGUGUUCACUUGU